ACUCGCGGCGUCCCAAAAAUUCCUAAAAAAGGGCAAAAAAACUGCAGUGGUUCAAAUAAAAUGGAGAGAAAAUACAUGCUAUCAAUAUCAUCAUCGUCUUCGCUCUUCCGCCAACUCCAUCACCUCUCUCUCUCUCUCUCUCUCUCUCUCACACACACACACACACACACACACACAACCCGUUACAUUCCAUACUUCCUAAGCAAAUUGGUAUCAGAGCAUUCUAAUUGACGGUCUCAGCAGUGUUCGUUAUACUGUUCUUCAAAUGCAAUCUCUCACAACUCACCUUUUCCCUUCACUUUCCCACGUCUCAAAACCUUCACUCACUCGCUCAAAACCCGUCGCCAGACCCCAUUUCGCUCCUUCGAAGCCAAUCUCACUUCGCAAAACGUUGUUUCGGACCCUAAAAUGCUCGGUCUCUGUGGUAUCAGAGCCUACCCGUGUGGAAUUGGCAAAUGAUAAGCCAUUUCCAGCUGAGGUUUCAAGAACCAUAAUGGAAUUGUCCUCUGUGGGCACUCUUUCUACUCGGACCCAAGAAGGUUGGCCUCUGGGUGUCGGUGUCCGCUUCGCCGUUGACCAUCAGGGCACUCCUGUUCUGUGCCUCAACGCCUCUAAUCUACAGUUCUCCAUGGACAGGAGGUCUAGCCUUCAUGUGCAGUUAGAGCAGUGUGGGUUACGGACCCCACAGUGUACAAUUCAAGGCAGUCUUGAUAAACCAGAAGACAGAAUGGUUUUGAAGAGGCUUCAUUCAAUGUGGGAAAAGAGAUUUGGAGAAGAAGUGGAUGAAGAACAUAUAUAUGUUGUUGUGGUUGAACGGGUACUUCAGAUGGGGGAUUUUAAGGAGGAUGGCACAUGGGUCACCUCAUCAGAUUAUAAAAAUGCAAAUCCAGAUCCACUUCGAGAGUUUGCAGAAAAGAUUGUGGAUGAGAUAAAUGCCAACAACAUGGAAGAUGUUCAUCGCUUUUGCAACAUUUAUGUUGAUUUGGAUUUCCAGGUCUCUGAAGCUCGGAUGAUAUGGGUUGAUAGGUUAGGUUUUGACAUGCGUCUCUGCUCGCCACAGAAAGGUAUUUAUGAAGUCCGUAUUCCAUUUCCCUGGGAAGUGACAGACGAGAAAGGUGCAAAGUCGUCAUUUAAUUGUAUGUCCCAACUCGCUUGGGAGGCGGAAAAGAAUUACCACAUCCCAGAUUUUAAGAAGGUGAAACAAUUGAAACAAAUAGGAUACAGAACACAGUGAGUUGUUACUGGAUUUUCCUUUGUUUCGAUGCAAGUGGCCAUCUGUUUUUUGUUGUUAUUUUGUUUUUGUUUUUUAUUGAUCCCAUGUUUGAUCUUCACAUCUCUUGUAAUGCAAAAUGACUAAUCAGUCACUGAAGCCAUUCAGAUGAUUUUUUUUUAGUCUUUUCCUUUUUGUCCCCCUGAAUGGGACAUUGUGGGCUUGAAUGCAUCAUGGAUUAUUCAGCCACCCAGAUGUGUUUGUAUCAGUUAUUUGUAAGAUCCUACUGCUGUUGUUUGCACCAUCCUUUUAAGAGGGAAUAAAGAGUAAGUUUUCUUUUUCAAAAA